AUGGUUGUGAAUAGUCCGGAUGGCUCUUUCGUAAUCCCUGGUGAAUUUCUUGCUAUCAAGGAUGAAAAUACAGAUGAAGGAAAGUUCACUCAUGUCAGUUCGGGUAAAAUUCUUGCCGCCGUUGCUGGUCGUGUGAAAGUUAAUAAAGAUAGCUCACAUACAAAAGUAUCAGUUGUUCCAUUUCAUGAACCAUGUCCAACACCUGAUAUUGAUUCAAUUGUCCUUGCUAAGAUUUCGUCCAUCACUCGUCGUUUCGCUAGAUGUGAAAUAGUUGCAAUUGACAAUCGAGUUCUUGCAGGUCCUUUUCGGGGAAUGAUUAAACGGGAGGACAUCCGAGAAACUCAGAAGGAUCGUGCUGAACCAUCCCUCUCCUUCAGGCCAGGGGAUUUAGUUCGAGCGAAAGUGGUAAACAUCAUUGGUUCCAGCUCUGGUUCAUACAUCUCCUCAUGCCUUCCCGCUGCUGAAGAGUGUUCUCCAGUUGUUGGGACCAUUGUUGCAGCUGCUCGGACAGUUGCGGGUGCUGUCAAGCCAUCUCCAGCUCAUGCUGUAUGCGGCUCCAGUUCAGCAACCACGACCUAUCUUCUUUCAACUGCCCAACCAGAACUCGGCGUCGUAGUUGGCUUUGGACGGCCGUCUCUAAGUGGAUUGACAGAAGUCCUUGGUGCCACUAGUGGCUGCCCGCUUCUACCUGCUUCUUGGACAGAAAUGGUUUGCCCAAGGACUCUGUCUCGAUUCCCGAGAAAGGUGGCUCGAGUUCCAGAUGAACUUACAAAUAUUUUGUAUUCGAGUGCUUUGCAAGGCAUAGGUACCUCUGAGUGA